AUGACUAGCAUUGAGAACGAGAGAAGCUAUGAGUAUUGUUUGGAUCAAAAUGAUGAUGAGGAAGUUGGAGACGUCGACACUACCAACCUUGUGAGAGGUAGCGGAAAUGAUGAAGGAGAAAAUCACGAAGCAGCGGCGGAGGCUUUCUCUUCUCGUCAAUGGCCACAAAGCUAUAAGGAGACUAUUGAUGCUUACGCAAUUACGGCAUCACCACAAUUUGGAGGGCUUCUUCAAACACCAGGGGCGAUGUAUUCAAGUUUUACGACUUCAAAAGGCGGCGACUCUGAGCUCGACGGGAAGGCUCCUUUUCUAUCUGGUAACGAAGCAGGCAGUGAUCACGCUCAGAAUGAUGGGUUGGGAAGCAUCUCAUCAGCGAGGCAUAACGGUGCUCCACAUCAUGAACAACACACCGGAGAAUCAGCAGCUGGUUCUGUGUGCAGCUUCACUCAAACAGUUUUUAAUGGGCUGAAUGUGUUGGCAGGCGUAGGGCUUCUGUCGGCGCCAAGCGCGGUGAAAGAAGCUGGGUGGGCGAGCAUAGUGUUGUUGUCACUGUUCGCGGUUGUGUGCUGCUAUACGGCGCAUCUUAUGAAGCAGUGCUUUGAGGAGAGACCGGGAAUCAAAACCUACCCUGAUAUUGGAGAAGCUGCUUUUGGAAGAUAUGGUCGUCUUGCUGUCUCCAUUAUUCUGUACGUUGAAUUAUAUUCAUAUUGUGUGGAAUCAAUUAUCCUGGAAGGAGAUAACCUUGCAAGGUUGUUUCCCGGAGCAUCCUUGGACACUGGUAGUAUCCAACUGGACUCCAGCCAUCUGUUUGGAGUUUUGGCCGCCCUCGUUGUUCUCCCUACUGUGUUGUUGAAGGACUUUCGCAAAAUAUCCUAUCUUUCAGCUGGAGGGGUUUUAGCAACAAUUUUAGUACUUGUGUCUGUGAUUGUGGUUGGAGCAACAGAAGGUAUGGGAUCACAUCCCACUGGUCAGCUAGUGAAUUGGAGAGGAAUCCCUUAUGCUAUCGGUAUCUCUGGGUUUUGUUAUGCCGGACAUCCAGUCUUCCCUAACAUUUACCUGUCAAUGGCUGACAAAACAAAAUUUACCAAGGCCUUAAUAAUAUGCUUUCUUCUGUGCUUUUUAAUGUAUGGGAGCGUUGCCGUCGUUGGAUAUCUGAUCUAUGGUCAAUACACUCUCCCUCAGAUAACGUUAAACAUGCCACCACAUGCUUUUGCUUCUAAAGUUGCACUGUGGACGACAUGUUCCUUAAUGAUGGACAAGUAUGCUUUAUUGAUGAUCCCACUCGCGAGGAGUGUGGAGGAGUUGCUGCCGGCUGAAGUUUCACAUAACAAUAGGUGUUUCGUGAUUCUGAGAACAUCAAUUGUUAUAUCUACAGUUUGCGUUGCUUUUCUGAUUCCUUUUUUCGGUUAA